AUGCCCUCUCCGUCGGAUUCAAGCAGCGUGGCUUCGAUGUCGGGGUCCCGGGUUUUGUCCGGUAGCAGGAGAGGCAUGUCAGCCAGGAGUAGCGCGAGGGUGCUGCUCUAUCUCGGCUUGUGUCACCUCGGGCUUGGCGCCAUGGUGCUGGCGUUUAGUUUCACCAGCCUUGCGUUCACCUCGUCACCGCGCGUCAGGCAGUCCUGCCCGUUUUGGGCUGGUUUCUUCGUUGUGGCCUCUGGAAUAGUUGGUGUGAUUUCUUGGAGACGACCCUUCACAUUAGUGGUGUCUCUGUUCAUGCUGCUAUCUGCAGUAUGUGUUAUUCUUAGUUUGGCCGGUUCCAUGCUCUCCUGUCAGAAUGCUCAGAUGGUCAAAUCUUACCUCACCUGUCAGGUAGAGAAUGGCUUAUGCAUAUGCUGUGAUCCUAAGCAGAUGUGUUCUCUGAAUCAGGAUGAAACGCUAGUUCUCUACCUUCACGCUGACUGCCACUCUGUACGCCACCAGCUCAAGGACUUGCUGUUCAGUGCCUGUGGUCUCAGUAUUCUCUCCACCAUUGUCUGCACUCUAUCAACUGUUACGUGCAGCAUCCACAUCUUCUCUCUGGAUUUACUGCAUCUAUUGAUUCCUCAUCGCUCUCGCUCUGUUAACCCAGAAUGCACCACUCCUCAGGAUGCGUUUCUGACCAAUAUGAUGGACUUUGAGGAAUUUGUCCCACCCAUCCCUCCGCCCCCUUAUUAUCCGCCGGAGUAUACAUGCAGCUCUGAGACAGACGCUCAGAGUAUAACAUACAAUGGCUCAAUGGAGAGUCCGGUGCCACUUUACCCAACUGACUGCCCUCCUCCCUAUGAGGCUGUGAUUGGCCAACAAGCAACCAGUCAAGUUACAGUAACGGAUACGAAUGCUGGCGAGCUGUCUGGUGAGAGAGGGACAUCUACAGGGUUCAGUGGAGAGGUGUCCAUGGACAGCGGCUCUUUGCUCAUGUCUGAGAUAGUGGACAUUCCAGACGACAGCUCUCCCUCUGAAGAUUCCUGUCUUUUGGAGGUGGGGGUUGGCAUACGGUCACGGGGGGCCAGUGAAGGCGGGGAGGGGGGAGAGUAUGUGAACCAUCGCUAUUCAGCCAGCCACCCCUCAGAGGGUUCGGUGGUAGGUCCCCACCCCAGACGCUGCUUUAGGGGGGAGAGAUCCAACUCCUGCUCCUCACCAAGCACCUAUAACACCUCCACCUAUAGAUCUCCUGUGUUGCGGCGUCAGGCUUUGUUGGCCAGUAGUUGCUCUCAGUUGGAAAUGAUAAGAGGCACUGGUUCCCAGCGCUGCUCCAUCCCAGAAAUCCGAAUUCGCCUGUGCGAACCUUACCGUCGGGGCUCCGCCUCUGAUUCCACUGCCCCGCCCACUGAGGCCUCUCUAGCUCCCACCCAAGACUGUUAUGGUCAAGCAGCACCUGCUCUCACAGCCCAAUCAGGUGUCAAUCAAAGAGGUGGGCGGGACAGGAGUGACAGCAACAGUCUCUUCCCCCUUGUGAGAUCGCACAGUGAGCCAGGACUCAGCUCAUCCACCGACACAGGUGAAUUCACUGGCUCAGGAUACAGUAAAGGAGUCAGCGAGGGUGGGUCCCAGACUUCCACAGACACAGGUAAGAGAUCUGAAGCUUACCUGUUGCCUCGUACUUCGCUGGCACCACAAAGCAGCUCUCUUCCCCGUAAGGGUAGUGCAAAGGCCACGACUGGGCAACUGCCCUCCAAACCUCCCCCCGCCAACUCCCUGCGUCUUCCCAAAGACUGUGCCCGCUCACUGGGUGACCUCAAGGUGACCAGAGUUUUGGUGGCACGUUUUCUGCAGCGUUCCAAACGGAACCUUGCGCCUGCCAACGAGCAUGCUGGGAAUUUUAGUCAGGGAGGGAAGAGGAGAGCAGGCGGGGAGGGCAGUAUACCCUUUGAACAGGUGCUGCGUAACUCCUGGGGAUCCAGCAGGGGGCAGCAGUACCAGCAGCACGCCCACCAUCACCGCCGCGGACACCACCACUCCCACAGCGACAGUCGGUACAACGCCCGUCGCCGCGACGACGACCCGGUGAGGGCGGAGGGCAUUCACCUGCGCAGCUGCGGGGAUCUCAGCUUCACGUCCGUGCCCUCUCUCCGCAGGCAGUUCCCAACCCCGCACGGAUCGUCCGGAGCCCUGUACUCAGAGUCCGCCCUCUGA